UGACAAGAAACCAAUAACGAGUCAUAAAGAAAAAUUUUAUUUUAGUUGUUAUCAUCUAUAGUUUACUUGUACAAACUACAAUCCUUCACCACUUUACCCACCAACACAGGUCCAAGUCCAACACCACCCUUGGCCUUGGGCCUUGCUGCCUUGCACAGUGAUAGACAGUGAUGUGAGUAACCCAACCCAACCCAACCCAAGAACAAGCACACCCCAACAAUUAACGUCUCCCUUUUGCCCUAGGUGGACCACAGGUCCACAGGCGCACUCGCCAGGCAAAUCAUGCUUAAAACUUUUAAAGAGGACACAUUCUGUGGGAGAAAGAACGCAAUCAUAAACCAUUGCAUAGAAAUUACGAGGUAGCAACAAAGGCCCAAAACUAUGACGACGACGACGAUGACCCCAGCGGAGUCACCGGAAUACGAAUUUGAAUGGGGACCUUCUCCUGCCACUCUCGGUCAAUCUCCCACCGGACUUCCUGUCGAUUUCAGUCCACCUUUAAUCGCCAUGGUCGUCGUUGUUGCCACCGCCUUCCUCGUUGUCACCUACUUCCGUCUAAUCUCUCGCCACCUCACUCCGCCCGUCCGCAGUCUCCUCCGACGAUCACGCAGACGCUGGAGACGAUGGCGUCACCGCUAUUCGUACGAUCCAUCCGUCGGCGACCUCGAAUCACCUCUACCUAACAACGUUUUCGAGUCUACCGACGCCUAUCACUACCUCUCUCCUUACGGCCUCGACGAGGCGGUAAUCAAAACCAUACCUCUCUCCGUCUAUAGCUCCAAAGGAAACCACAACAAUAAUAACAAGGGGUUCUCCGGCGGGAGCCGUGACUGCGCCGUUUGUCUACUUGAAUUCGAAGAGAAUGACUACAUCCGCACCCUCCCCGUCUGUGCCCAUGCCUUCCAUGUGGACUGCAUUGAUAUAUGGCUCAGGUCUCAUGCCAACUGUCCUCUAUGCCGUGCCGGGAUAUUCCGUCCAGAAUCUCCAUUUAUUCCAUUAAUGGCAGCCAGAAUCCGACCGAGUCUCGACGAAGGGCUAUUAGAAGGUCUCCUCGUCAAUCGGCUAACUGAAGCAGCUCCGGAAGCCGAUGCACCAGCGUCGGAGAUUGGACCCAUUGAAGAGGCAUCGCCUCGAAGAAACGAGAGCGACGAUAGAAGAUUUAACGGUCGAGAUUUCUUGUUAAAGAGAUCAUACUCAUUCGGAUUCGAGCGAAACUUCACAGUGGAUCGGUUUGUGAUGGAGCCAGCAACAACGUCACCUUGGAGAUAUCGUAGAGGGAGUUUCUGGAGCAAGCGGCCAUCGCCUUUUAGCUCAUUGUCUAAACCAAGGGUUUUCUCUUUCCGUUACUACAGGGGCAUGAAAUCUCCUUUCUUUCGACGGAGAGGAUUGUUUCCACUAUCAGAAUCAAGCGUGAGAUACUCCGGCGGAGGAUCAUCGCGACGGACUAAGUCGUUGACCAGCCCUAUCUUCAUGAGAUCGUCGGUGGUGGCAGGGUUCUCGUCCAGCCGAUUGAGGUGCGGAGAUCUCGAGGCAUUGCUAUCGCCGGAAAGAUUGAAUUUGGGCCGAAGAUAGCAUGAUUGGCAAAUGAACCGGAAUCGGAUCACCGGCGAGAAUUACCGGGAACCGACGGUGGCGGUGAGUUGGGGGGUGCAGAUAUCUGGGGUCGUUUCUUUAAUGGAGGUCGCAUGCCGAAAUUAAUGAGUUGCCGGCUUUGUAGUGGCCAGUGGUCACGACUCACGAAAGAACGGGGCAAUUAAUGAAAUUAGACGAGAGAACCUAUGGAGCUUUCUUCCUCUCUUCGGUCUGUGUACCGCUGCCGACGGGUAAUGGCGAAGUUGGGUGGAACUCAUAAAUGCUAGAGUGAGAGCAUUAGCAAGAGUCUCUUCAGCCAGCCUUCACUCUUCCUUCUGGUCUGCUUUAGCAUGGAAAAGCGGGAAAACCACACCGACUCUCUCAUGUACAUACAUUAAAGAAAAAAAAAAAAGACUGGCUCAAGACAAAUUGUUGGACUUAACCUAGCCCUCCCCUCCAGGGUCCAUUUGAUCAGAAUCUUUUUCAUCAAAUGCAAUAAUAAGAUCAACCCUCUGUAUAUCCUGAUCCUGUCUGGCUGAGAACCAAUUUUGGAUUCGAAUACCUUAUGUAUGUCGACCUCGGAUACAUUAUGACUAUUAAUUAUUAUUUUAUCAUUUGAAGUUCCAAC